GGGGAACCAGAGAGGGCUGAGGUGACGGGCGGCUGCGCAUGCGCACUGUGUUCGCGUGUGGUUUGGGGUUAGGGUAGCGAUUGCUGCGCUGUGUGCGAGUCCCUGGGCUGAGGCGGGGGCUCCCGGCCGGGACCAUGGCGGCGAAUGAGGACCAGGAGAUGGAGCUAGAAGCUUUACGUUCUAUUUAUGAAGGAGAUGAAUGUUUCAAAGAACUUAGUCCUGUUUCCUUUCAGUAUAGGAUAGGUGAAAAUGGCGAUCCGAAAGCCUUCCUAAUAGAAAUUUCAUGGCCAGAAACAUACCCACAGACAGCUCCAAACAUAUCAAUGAAUGCUUUCUUCAACAACACCAUAUCUUUAGCUAUAAAACAAAGUAUAUUGGAUAAAUUAAUGGAAGAAGUUGAAGUUAAUCUUGGAACUGCCAUGACAUACACACUUUUUGAAUAUGCCAAAGAUAAUAAAGAAUUGUUCAUGGAAAAUCAACCUGUUCAUAUUGUGACAUCUGUAGGCAAUAACAUCUCAGUUGGAACUCAUGAAAUAGUCCCAUCAAGUAAGAAAAGAGAUAAAAAGGAGCAGUUGUCCAAAACCCAGAAACGAAAGCUAGCAGACAAAACAGAUCACAAAGGGGAGCUUCCUCGAGGAUGGAACUGGGUGGAUGUAAUUAAGCAUGUUUUAUCUUUUGAGCAUUUCAAAUGAAGUUUUGAGGUGAGAACUUUCAGUAUGUAAUUUAGCUGUGAAUUCCAGAACAUGCUGUCUUCACAUGGGCAACUAAUAGGGAUGCAGCCAGGAUUUACAGGGCCCUGGAUAAGUAGAAGCAAGGAGCCAUUUAGUUGUGUUUCUCCUAAGCAGCAGCCCCACAUUAUCUCCUGCAUGCCUGCACCCUCUGCCUUAGUCUCCCCACAAAGUACUCUUCCCCGUCCCACUAUUAAUUAUUGAUCAGGAUCCCACUGUGCUAGGGGAUGUACCAACAAAACAAAAAAAGAUAGUCCCUACUCCACAGAGCUUACAAUCUUACUAUAAGACAAGAGACAGAUGGAUACAGACAGAACGGGGAGUACAAGGAAACACACAAUAUUGGUCUGUUAGUUCCUCCAUUUGCCAUUUCCACCCCAUUACUUCUGCUGCUGGAAUAUGAAUUAACAUUGCUAUUUUUAACAAGUUCUAUUUUAUAACAAAACAUAUUUGAUUGAACAUUGGUAUAACCUGUUGUCAGCAUACCUCUGAGCAUAGUGUUGAAACUGCAGCAAAUGGGCACUGUCAAAGUUUUUAAACUCUAAAUAAUCCACUCAUGACAAUUGUUGCAGAAAUGUGUGGGACACUUUUAAGAACUGCAUCUGUUUGACUUUCCAAAAUGUUUGUGGACUGGUAUCAGCCUUUUCUUAUUAAAUGGAAACAAUAACUUCAGCUAAUGUUUUUAACAAAGUUUAAACUGGUUCUGAGAUUUACUGUAGAAUAUGUUUUGGAUGUAAAAUAGUUCAUGAAAAUAUGGGAAAGCAGAGUCUUAUGUUCAGAGGACAAGCUAUAAGAUUAGUUUUGAGAGUCAUUUGAAUUUGAUGCGUUCAGUUGUUAGUACAAACUCAGCCUAAUAUGCCUGUAUGUAGUGUAAAAUAGAAAUAUAGUUCCUAAUACAUGCAAUAUGUCUGAACAUUUUUUCUUUGUCUUUUAUAGUUAAGCAAAACGGGUUCUAAAGAUGAUGAAUAAUGGACUUUCAUACAAGGAAACUUCACCUUUUAAUACAGUGCAAUUUGGGUCAACAUCUUUCUCUUAAUGGCUUUUUCCUCUUGUCAGAGUGGAACGUUUUGUAAAAGGACAAUUUCCUAACUAUUAAACCUGAGCACAGACAUUUAUCCAGAGAUUAUUCUGGUAUUACAUUUUUCUUCACAAACAAAAAUUUGCCUUAAAGGGAAGAUAAGUCUGACAUUUUUAUAUUGAACUUUUAGAAAGCCUAUUUGGUUUCUAACUGUUGAAUGCUGAAAAGAAUAGUGAAAUAUGCAGUGUUAAUUUAUAUUGUUUUACUCUAGUAAGAAUAUAGUAAAAUUCUGUUAGUGAGUCCUCUGAUAUUGUGACCAUUUCCUGAAGUUCUCAUUCCAGUGGAAUAAAAAUAUUAAGUGAUUAAUCACUUGACAGCAUAGUUCAUUUAAAAUAAACUCCCUUUAAACAAAGCCACCUUGAUUUGUUCCUCUACAAAUGCAGAAAGGGAACACAACACAAUUAUAAUCAAAUGAUUUGUCUAGGUCUAGGCUAUGUCUACAUUGCACACCUUACAACAGUGUGGCUGCAGUGCUACAGCUGCUCUGUUGUAAGGUGUGCAGUGUAGCUGCUCUUUGUCACCAGGGGAGAGCUCUGUCUACACUACCGACCUUAUAGCAGGAUACCUGUACCACUGCUGCUACGCUGCUGUCAAGUUUCCAAUGUAGCUGCUCUAUAACGAUGGGAGAGAGCUCUCCUGCUGGCAUAAUUAAACUACCCCCAAUGAGCAGUGGUAGCAAUGUUGGCGGGAAAGUCUCCCACAGACAGCGCUGUCCGCACUGGCGCUUUUUUUUGGUGAAACUUAUGCCAGUCUGGUUUCGUUUUUUUCCACACCUCUGACCAACAAAAGUUUUACCAGCAGAAGUGCUAGUGUAGACAAAGUCUGAAGCUUUUGGUCCCGUUUUAACUCGUGUUAAACAGCCUGCAUAUGGUGGUGAUGCAGCUGAAUUUCUAUAGGCUUGCCAGUAACACCAUUGCCUGAAAUCAGAGUAAGAUUCUUGCUCUGUGAUUUUGACUCACUAGCUCAAAGUUUCAGCUAGAUAAGGGUAGAGAAAAUAGCAACAUGUGACACUUGUAAAUGCUAGUGCAAAAAGGACCACAUACCCUAGUCUAGACAAAUUCAGAGUGAAAGAACAAGUGGUUACAAUACCAGUACGUGUUGUCAGUGCAACCCAGUGUGCGUCUGUUGUAGUCCUCCUCACGUAUAUUUUUAGAGGAGGUCAGGGCGUUUGUGUGGAGCUGUCCUACUGAUAGUGAACUCCUGAAUGUUAUGAUUUGGUGGCUUUUUCCAUUGGAUAAUCAGUGGUUUACCAUGAGGAUUUUAUUGUAUGAAUUACAGGACACUGGGGAAAAACACACCACUUUCCCAUGCUGGAAAACAUUUUUUGUACAGGUUUGUUGUCUUGUAUCAAAGAAAAAAAUCCUCUUUGCUGUAUAAACGGUAACUGAAUACUAAAUGCCUUAAUGUCAUUUAAGGAGAUUUUGAGCUUAAUAAAUGCUUAUUUAUCUGC